GACAAUAAAGGCAGUUCAUAAGGCAUAACUACAUCAAAAAUGGCACGGAUAAAAGCCUAAAAGAUUGAACCGCGGAUAGCAUGCAACGGGAAGUGCUUCUUGAUUGAGAAAGAUGAAAGAAGUCAAGUCACAUCAAACAAAGUGCAGGCCUAGGGGUUAACAUCCCUUCUAUUAUCUCGUUCCCAGGUUUAAAACUGCAAUAUUUUUUCUUAAAAUCACAUUGCAGACCAUACAAAUUUUCUAGAAGACUUUAACUUACUUUUAAUCAAUAUGCAAUGUGCUUGUGUGGAAAUCUGAGAAAUUAGAAAGACGCAAAAGGUUUUAUCAAGAAUUACCACAAUGCAUCACAAAGAACGUUAGUAACAAUCCAAAAUCAACACAAUAAUAGUCAAAGAGCUAUUAGCACAGUUGACUUUGGGCUCGAUGUGAUAAUGAUUGAAGGUUGAUCCACUUGACUAUCUACCCCUGCCCCUCUCUUUAUGCUGAUACUUGCACCUCCUAUCUACAUGUUCAUGAUAACAAUAAUAUUGACGAUGAUAUAAGCACACAAAUAUAUUAUCAGGCACAUCAUGAAAAUAUAUUUUCUUAAUGCUUUUAGAUCAUUCAGAAACUUCUCACACUAGCCCUGCAAAGAAUGAAGUCUAGCGUUUUAAUUCUAAACUAACAUUAGAAGUGUCUAAGCAAAUUCUACUGAUUCCAUAACAGCGUCCGAAAAUUCAAAACACUUGGACUGUGGAUUUUUCAAGCUAAAUAGAGAAAAAGUUUCUCAGUUUAUAGCUGAUACUACAAAAAAGAUGGUUUACAUCUUGCAGAGUACAGGAAGAAUUAAUCACUUAAUAGAAGUAAGACUUUUGAAUUAAACAGCAAUGUUUCCAACAAUAGCAUGUCACUGAAAGAACCCAACAACUGCAAAUUUAAAUUUUCCUAAUUGGUAAUAGUAUAUUAUUAGAUACAUUUGUAAGCAUAAUAGAGUAAAUUUUUCUGUUAGUGUUUUAGCCUCAUCAUUCAAAAUUGACAGUAUUUGCCAUCAAACAUUACGUAUUUACAUUUGAAAGUGAUCAAACUCCAUUAAGUUCAUACAGAGACAAAUAUAGACAAAUAGCAAUUUGUUGGUGUACCUAUUCCACACACAAUUUACAAUACACCCUCAUGAUUAGAAUUUUUGAAAAGAAUAGCCAACCACACUGUUGUAUCUAUCUAAUUGUUUUUCUCUAUGGGCACAUCCAACGUAGACUCUUCUAGCAUAAAUCUACUUCCAACUCAUAAUGAAUCACAAAGAAAAGGUCUUUUGCCUUUUCACUUUAGUAAUCGUAACCUGCCAAUCCUAGAGAUCUUUUUCUUUGCACAUAUAUAUCUACCAGCAUAAUCAGUCAACUAAGAAAAAAUCGGUUCUCAAACAGGAAAAGAGAUCAAAAUGAAGUUAUUUCAAUGGGUGCAUCGAAAACAUCGGCAGAAUAGUAUAGAACCUUUCAAGGAUUUCACAUCUGGAAACCCUUCUACUUGCCUUACAGUGAAGCCAACACUUGACAAUCAGUACUCCCAUACAAACCCAUGCUUCAGCUCCAUAAAUCAGCCCAAUUUCUCAAAGUCACACAAUCAGGAAAAUCAAAUAUCUUAUUCUGGAUUGGUUGAUGGCAGAGAAGACAAGUCUCAAGAAGAAACAACAGCAAUAUGCUCUCAGCUCUUUGAAGGUUUCCUAACAAUUGGAACACUUGGUACAGAAACAGACACCAAUGAACCAGGAACACCAACAUUCACUAAGCCUUCGGGAAACAUACCAAUGAGAAGUGAAGAGGUGACAGAAAAUGAACUCAAGCUCAUAAGUUAUGAGCUCGAGAAAUUUCUAGAGGCUGAAAGAGAAGAAAGUUUCCAUGAUUCAUCAGGAAGAAACAGCUAUGUUAGCACUAUCACACUUAGUGGAAAGGAAAUAGAUGAACCCAAAGCUGAAGAUUACAGAAACAAAGCUGUAUGUCCACUGCAAGGAUAUUUACUGGGGUCCUCAUUUGAACUACCAGAAACAAAACAGGUAAGUAAAAAGAGAGCAUCGUUAGCUGAGCUACUUUAUAGGACAAAGGCAACAAGUCAAGAUUGUAUAGAGACAGGAAUAAGAGGUGAAACACAUGUCAAGGAAACACAUAAGUCUGCUGCCAGGCAUAUUAUGAGAAAGGUAUUGAAAAAGGUCUACAGUUCUUUAAAAAGCUGCAACACUUCCAGGAAAGAUGCUGAUUCUGCUUCAACCAAUAAAAAAGUCCACAAGGCUCUACGUUUGUUUCAUAGAAAAGUCUAUCCUGAAAGCCCCAUGAAUGGAAAAGAUUGCAUUAAAUCCCACAAUGAUGAGGUACAAAAUGUUUCUCAUAAAUUCUUCCAUGAAUAUGAUAAGGGGAAGUCCACAAAUCCAGACAACGGCAAAAAGUUUCAUCCAGAUACCAAAUCACGAGAGUGGCCCCAACACCAUAUGAUCAAUUGGAACCCACCACAGCUUGGGCAAAUAUGCAGUAGCUCAACUGGAAAUAAUGAGCACUGGAUCAGAACAGACGCAGACUAUUUGGUGCUGGAGCUGUAGCAAGUUAAAUUAAAUUGUGCUGAAGUGGUGAUGAAUUGCACUAUAAGUGAGACUUGUAAAACUAGUAUUGGUAAUUUGAUAAAAUGAUUGUGUUAUGCAUGUACUUGAUGUAAUCGUGCAACCAAUAAAUCUGUGUAUUUCCUGACAGUUUCUCAAUAAAUAGACAUGUUUGAUUUAAUUUUACUAGUUUGUUAUAAAAUUUACUUGAUUUUACUGUGUCAAAGAAGAGUAGAGCACAAAUAAAAUGAAGAAAUCAAUUGCAACCGAUGAUAUGCAUCAU